AUGCAGUCUCAUAAUGAGCAAAGGAGCCAUAAGUUACCAUCAACAAGCUUAACUGGAUUAUAUUCAGCUUAUGCAAUCUCUUGCAUUGGUGAUCGAUUGUGGACUUUUGCGCUUAUAUUAAUAUUAGAAUACAUUGGCGGUAUUCGAUUGGUAUGUUUCAGCCAGUUAUUCGAAGAAAUAAUCAUUAUGGCAUUUGGUUCAGUAAUUGGAAGUUGGAUGGAUCAUCAUACUAGAAAACGCGGUAUAAUAACAGUGUUGAUUGUAAAUAAUACUAAUGUAGCAAUAUCAGCAGCAUUGCUUGCAUCAUGUAUUACAAUUAGUGAAAUAAGCACUAAUUAUGAUGUAUGUGAUUAUUUAUUGUCAUUAAUUGUUGUCAUGAUUACCUUCGUUGCUAUCCGUGUUAUUAUCACAACUGCCGUAGAAUUAGUGAUAACUUAUUCAUAA